AUGGGAUGCGGCCAAUCCAAACAAGAUGAUGCAAUAGCUGCCAAUUUCUUUGAUGGGGCCAAGGAAUCUCAGUCUGCACAACUGCAAAAAGACUCUACGAGAUCAGGAGAACUGAAGAGUAACACACCACAAAAUUCAGCAAGGUCCUCACAACAAAAGGAUUCCGCACGGUCAGCAGCAGCAGCAGCAUCACAGCCAUCAAGUGACGAUCCACAACAAAUUCCACAAUCUCCUAGACAAAAUUCACAAUCGCACAUAGAACAACCACUCUCACCUCGAUCACCCAAAGUGCCAUCCAGAGAAGCUUCCUCUCAAAGGGGAAGUAGUCAAGGGAGUUUGAUGAAAAGUCCUUCGGGGAUCAAAUCAGGCCGAAAGAGUGAAUUUGUGGCUCCUCCCUCGUCUACAUCGUUUUAUAAUAAUCCCGCUGUUACUGCACAGACAACGGACAAACCUAGUCCUCCGGCGCCUGCAGCUGUACCAGCGCCUCCACUGCCAUCAAAGGGCCAGGAUCCACCUGCGGCACCACCAUCACCACCAGAGACGACGUCCGCGCCUCCAGCGGCAGCACCGGCACCAGCACCAGCCCUCAAAAACAAGAAUACAGAAAAACCAAAGACCGGACCGGGCGGAGCACCGAGGGGCAAUUUCAAGCCCCAGCCAACCAUAUUGGACGAUGACGACUUUUCCGUGGCUCCUAGUCUCGACACGGCCAUGCGCAGUGUUUCAGGACGCAAGUUUGGGGAUGUCUACAAGCGGGGCAAGAAGUUGGGUUAUGGUGCAUUUGCCGAUGUCUUUAUUGGUAUCCAUAAGCCAACGGGGAAACAAUAUGCUAUCAAACAAGUGAAUCGAUCCAAAAUGAUGUGGGGUCAACGGGACGCUUUGAAGGAUGAAAUUGAUAAUAUGAAAAUGGUGCGGGCCGGACCCAAUAUUGUACAACUUUACGAAGUGUUCGAAGAAAAAACAUUUUCGUACCUCGUGACGGAAUUGAUGACGGGGGGAGAACUGUUUGAUCGAAUCAUUGAAAAGAAAACCUUUACCGAAGAGGAAGCGAGAAGUUGUUGCCAGUGUGUCCUGAGUGCUUUGGAGUAUAUGCACAACCAACGAGUGGCGCAUCGUGAUCUAAAGCCAGAGAACUUGCUGUUGGCCAGUCGAGAGUCGUUGCUGCCGGUAAAGCUGGCCGAUUUUGGAUUUGCAAAGGCUGUGGCCAAAAAGAAUGGCUGUCGGACACUCUGUGGUACACCUGGAUACCUAGCUCCGGAAAUUCUAGAGCGGUGGCCUGCCUAUGAUGUCAAGUGUGAUAUUUGGAGUGUGGGUGUAAUUCUUUUCUUAUUGCUCGGUGGAUACUUACCCUUUGAUGCGGACGACGAACAACUCGUCUUUGAUCGAACGAGAAAUGGACAAUAUGACUUUCGACCAAAGUUCUGGCGGCACAUUUCCAACGGCGCCAAGGACUUGGUCUCGCAAUGCUUGACCAUCAAUCCCAACAAGCGAGCUAGUGCUACCUCGGCAUUGCAACACGGAUGGAUGAGUGUCGGUGGAUCGGAAUUGGCCACUCACCAAGUCGAUGUGGGAAAGCUCAAGGUUAUGGUGCAAGCAAGACGAAAGAUGAAGGCGGCAGUCAAGACGCUCGUGGCGGCCAACCGAUUCCAACAGCUGAACGACGACUUUACCGUAUACAUGGAAAAGCGCCGAGGAGAAUCGAUUGUCUCACAUUUCUCUUACAUGACCAGCAGCACACGCACGGGUCACAAGCGCUAUGUCGAAGAUAGUCCCUCGGGAAAACCAUUCACCAACUUUUUCUUGUUGGGAGAAAAACUCGGGGAGGGUGAGCAUUCAUACAUUUAUCGAGCAACGCGGAAGCAAACCCAACAAUCGUACGCUGUCAAGCAUGUGGAUCUUCUUCCAUUGGACGACGAAUCUAAACAAACCAUUCGCGACGAAGUCAAAGCACUGCGGCUCCUUCGAGGUGGUCCUCACAUUGUUCGGCUCUUUGAUGUCUUUCAAGAACCCGAGAGUGUUUACUUUGUUUUUGAAGAAAUGACUGGUGGAAACCUUCUAUCAAGAAUUGUCGAAAAGGAAGUCUACACAGAGCGUGAGGCUCAACAAGUCUGCAAGAUUGCAUUUACUGCCAUUAACUAUUGUCAUAUGAAAAAGGUGGCCCACCGUGACGUCAAGCCAGAGAAUUUCCUAUUGGUCCAAGAAGGAGACGAUACCAGUGUCAAGCUGGCAGAUUUUGCCUUUGCCAAGAGGUGCGCUAGAGAGAAUUCACUGCUGACUCUGUGUGGUACAGCGCAAUACGUGGCUCCCGAAAUUCUGGACGACAACAGUGCGGGAUACGACGAACGAUGUGACAAUUGGUCAUUAGGUGUCUUUACUUUUGUACUGCUUGGUGGCUAUCCUCCAUUCGAAGGAAUCACUGGUGACCUUGCCAACGAAAUCAAGACUGCAGAUUACAAUUUCCACGACGAGUACUGGACGGAGGUCUCGUCUAGUGCCAAGGACAUGAUCCGAUCUUUACUUGUUGUUGAUCCAAAGAAGCGUACUACAGCUGCUGACGCACUUGCCUGUGAAUGGAUGGCCAGUGAGGAAGAGCAGUUAGUUUUGCGAGACUUGUCCAAGGUGCAAAGCCAAAUGUUGGACAAGUUGGGCCCCAAAAACAAGGUGAAGAUGGCAGUCCAAACGAUUAUUGCAAGGAACAAAUUCAUGUCUAUUGCUGGUAUGAAAAAGGAUCUACAAAUUUCAAGCAGGCAUUCAGUUGACCAAUCGAUACUGGAAGAAGAUGAAAGCUUUGAUAACAAUUAUACUUGGGGGGAGCAGAUUGGUAUUGGAACAUUCUCUGCAGUUCACGAGGUCACGAGCAAAGAGUCCGGCAAGCUUUACGCAGCCAAGAAGGUUACGCGGAAGGACUUGCACCCAAGUGAUGCAGUGGCCUUGCACGACGAGAUCGCCGCAUUGCGAAAAGUUGCCGGCUCUGAACAUGUCGUCAAGCUUUAUGACGUUUACGACGAGCCGGAUAAUACUGUCAUGGUUUUGGAAAUCAUGGGAGGUGGUGACUUGAUUGAUCGGAUUAUUGAAAAGCGUCACUACACGGAAUACGACGCCAAGGAAGUUAGCAGAAAACUGAUUAUGGGUGUUGCCCACUGCCAUAAAUUCAAGAUUGCUAAUCGCAACCUCAAGCCUGAAAGUUUAUUGCUGAAAGCGGGAAGUGACACAGAUGUCAAGAUCAGUGACUUUGGUUACGCCAAGACGGUGACUUACCCGAACUCCCUGCGAACACAGUGUGGUACUGAGGGAUAUGUUGCCCCUGAGAUCCUUGAACACAGACCUGCCUAUGACAUUGCUUGUGAUAUGUGGAGUGUUGGUGUUGUCAUCUACAUCGUCCUCGGUGGGUACCGUCCAUUCCGAGGAGAAGGGGAGGAAGUAAUGAAACAAAUCCGAUACGGAGAAUACAAGUUUCACAAGCGCUACUGGAGCCAUGUAUCCAAAGACGCCAAAAGUUUGAUCCAACAGAUGUUGACUAUAGAUCCACGAGAGAGAAUUACAGCUGAAGAAGCACUAACGAGUAAAUGGGUGACGGCUGAGGAGUCUACACUCAACACGGUAGAAUUGUCGGGCAAUAUGGAGGACUUGAAGAACCUGCGAAGUGCGAAAUCCAAGCUACGCAGCGCAGUCAAGAUGGUCAUGGCAACUAAAAAGCUCCAGAGCCUGAGUGGUUUUCGGUCGCACCAAGAUUUCUAA